AACAUAACCUCGACGAAUGACAGUUCAUACACUAUAAAAAUCUAUUCUUCUGAAAAGCAGUAGCAGCUGUGUAGAGUUAUUACAAGUUAAAAUGUCUCUAAGUAUUUUCCGAACUAUGCAUAAAAUUAGACCAUUCUCAAGUUCCAGAAGGACAUUCACAGCCGGAAAAAUAAUAUUCAACAAAUCUUCCGUCCCUUCCAGUAGUCAAAUUAUUGAUGUUCCAGGUCUGAGCUCUAAAUGUCUCAACGUCCCUGCCACCCCUGUAGGCCCCGGAGCAGCUAAGAAUACAAAUUACAAAAAUCCAGAAUACUUUUGUUAUGAUAAAAAUAGUUACUUCGAGGCAGAGGUUGAAAUGUUGAAAUUCCGCUGUGAGCAACCUUCCACAAAAGUACCUUACUACCAAGAAAAGAAGUAGACAAUUUAUCAAAUCCUCUCAUUAGUGAUCAUAUUAUAGUUCCUGCUUGUUCAUAAAAUCAAAGGAAUAAUGUUCUGAAGAAUCUUGUUUGUCAUAUAGUUAUGUAACAUAACGUAAAGCAAUGAAGGAUGGAAAUAUAAGGCAUGAGUAAAA